AUGUCGACCCCAGCCCUCGCCUCGCCAACCGUAAAUGCCCCCUCUCCAAGCCGUCUAGGUUUCUGUCAGCGCUGCGGAGACCCCAUCUCUGGCAAAGUCCGCUGCAGCAAGUGUAGCGGCACCAGCAAGGAGGCCUCUCUACGCUCUACCAAAGCGUUUCCAACCGCUAACAAGCCGGAUCCCUGGGCCCAUCGCUAUGUUCACGGCGACUCGAGCUUGCAAUCUGCCUCUGGCGCCGAUCAAGAGGACGACGAGUACACCCACGAUCGGCCACCUCCUCGCUCUCCAAAGCGGUCCAGCUACGGACCUGCUCUCGGCUUCGGCAUGCCCUCCUGCAUCUCGCGCGACCUUCGCACCAGCACAUCCUCUAGAUCUGGAUUUGGUCUAGACCCAAACGCUUCCGUCAGCUCAGUCGACAUCAGCUCGUCGAACCUAAACCUUCCGUUGACAGAGCCUCUAUCUCGACGGCCCAGUCAGGACUACUCGGCUCCCAUCGUCAAGGGCUCCGAUGGCGUCCUCUCGAAAGUAUGUGGCUCGCUGGUCGAGCCCUCCGAGAGUCGCAAUCGAUGGGCCUGCGCCGACUGCGCCGCCGUCUUCGCACGUGACUCCACCCUCUACGCAGCGCCUCCUUCCCAUCAAAGUCAGGACUCAUCCUACUACUGCCGUGAUUGCUAUGCUAAACGAUACAGCCUUGGCGGCUGCCGUGCAUGCGGCCGUGACGUGCUUGGCUCGACAAAGGAAUACGGCAAAUACGUCAAGGCUUCCAGUGGCAUCUGGCAUGGCAAAUGCUGGAAGUGCACGUCUUGUUUUAAGGGUGGCGCGGACGGAGUGGAUAUCUUGGUUGGAAUGGAUGGCAAUCCCACCUGCGAGGGCUGCUUCGACCGUCCUCGGCGUGCUCCCUCUGCAGAGCCUCCUGUCGCUCGUAACGAUCCCGACGACAGCCGCCUCCCUGACAUGCGCCGUGUCACGCGCAUCGGUGCUACACGCAACGGACCCAUGGGCGCGACCAUCGCCGAGCUUACCAAGAAGCUGGGCCAGCAGUCGGUCUCGUCUGCUCCUCGCAUUCCGUUCUCUAGCCGAUCGAACUCCAACACAUCCCUACCUCAGUCUACAUCCUCGCUUAGCGCAGCCGAUCCGCGCCGGUCGCCAGUCAAGAGCCAGUAUAUUGUCCCGACCCCCAUGCCCGCUUCACCGGGCAAGGCUCCAAGCAUGACCCGGUCGGGAAGUCUCACCGGAAGCCCCCCGAAGCCACGUCCUCUUACUGCGCAGUUCAGGGACGGUCUGAACCUGGCCGCGUUCAAGCCCUCCUUCGCCUCAAAUACCGAGAGCACUGGCCUCACUCGCAGAGACUCACGCAGCCGCAGCGUCAGUCCGAUCAAGAGGCCCGAAUGGAGAUCCAGCACCGCUGCAUUCAAGCAGCAAUCCAUAUUGGAUCGAACCGCGAGCGUCGAAAGCGGAUCAUCGACCACACGAGUUGGAUCAAAGGUUCCGGGCAGUCCGUCACUGCAUCCCAUCAUCGCCUCAAGCAAUCGGCUACGUGUGGCGACCACAGAUGCGGGUCGUCCUCGCACUUCGGGCGGCUUCAUCCGUCCCCACAAUGAUCCCUUCUCCGGCAAGAAGGUCGAGCGGCAAAACAUCCUUCAAGGUGAGAAGGCUGGUCUGGCCGAAUCUAGAGAGCCGUCAGAUGGCAGCCUUCCGUCUCCCCUCGAGCCAGCUGAGGGGACGGUCCAAUGUGCCGCCUGCCACCUUCUCCCCUUCGAGAAGCCUGGUUCCAUCGAAGCACAGGAAGUCGUCAUGGUGACGCUGGCGGACCAGGUCCACCUCCACGCCGACUGCUUCCGCUGCUCGAUCUGCCACGACCUCAUCGAUGGCACCAAGACCUUUGUCAGGCUUCAGGACGACCUUGCGCAUCCGGCACUGGCAGAUGGGCUGCCUGCCUACGCACAUCCGCGCUGCUCUCCGACCAUCCAGCUCAAGACGGUCCCCGCGCAGGUUGACAACAAGGGUACGCCAAGCGGAGGGCAGAAGAGCUACCGAACGAGUCUCGAUCCUGCCAAUGCAAUUGUUGUGAGUCGCGAUGGCAGCUUGAGGAGCCACGCGACGCAUCAGAGGGAGCUCAAGCCGAGUCCGGCGCCGUCGCCUGCAACGUCCAUGCGGGAGCGAAAUGAGGCUGAUCGACCGUCAAUCUUGCCUUCCGCGACUCUGUCCCGGCCCAGUGCCAUGAUCAAGACAUCAUCCAAAGACAGCGCGAGUCCAGCGCCAUCGUCGCUCACCAAGCCCAGCGCUCCCACGACAACAUCGACAGCUCGACGCUUCCAACCCACCGCAGGCGCCGCCCCACCCACCCAAUCGACCAUCCUCACCCCCUCGACUGGCCGCCCGGCCAACCCGGCAGCCGGCAUCUUCUCCCGCAUCUCGGCGCUCUCCUCUGCCAAUCCGGCCCUCCUCGCCCCUGUUUCGGGAGGGAAGUUCGGCGGCAUGCACACGUGCGCCUUCUGCGGCCUCACCGUCUCCUCCCUCGAAGCCGUCCUCGGCCCUCGAGGUACUCAGUGGCACAGGAGCUGUCUGAUCUGUCGCGCCCCACCACAGAAGGCUGCGAAGGAAGGACUGUAUGAGUGGAGGAAGCCAAAGCCAACGGUCUGCGGGAAGCGGUUGGAUAGCGGGGCCAAGGUCAAUGGUGACGGUGAGGUCAGGUGUCGGGAGUGCUACGAUCGCGAGAGCGGGGCGUUCAAAGUCAAGGUGUAG